AUGGCAGCCACCAUUGCCGACUGCCCUGACGAGGCAGGCGGGCCCUCACACGCUAGUCUGCCGCCGCUGGCGCGGCUGGCGCUGUGCGACCGGGAGCAGCUGUGGAAAGUGUUUCGCCUGGCGCCAGCCUGGAACCUGCAGUCGGGCAGGCUGCAGGAGGGCCGGUGGUUCGGCUGCAUGCUGGGCCUGCUACAUCACGUCAGCCCGCUGGUGCGGCAGCUGGUGGUGGAUGGCGCAGACCCUGGCAGGGCGGGCCCCGGCCAAGGAGCAGCGCCCCAGCUGGCAGACUUUCUUGCCAGCCUGCAGCCUGGGGCGGUGGAGAGCGUGCAGGUGACGGACUGGACGCCGGUGCCGGCAGCUGCCAUGCAGCUACUCCCUAGCUUCUCGGCCCUGCGCCAGCUGUCGCUGUGCCCGCACGACGAUUACCGCCUCCCGCCCAACACCGCCGCCGUGCUGUGCCAGCUGACGUGCUUGCGCCGGCUGGCCGUCUCCAACAGCGGCGCGCCGCUCCCCGACGGCCUGCCCGCCGCGCUCUGCGCGCUGCGCCAGCUGUCGCACCUCGCACUCACCUGCCACCGCGCGCUGCCCGGCCUGCGGGCGCUGACUCAGCUGACUCAGCUGGAAGGCCUGAAGCUCAGCGAGCACUCGGGCCAAGGUGCGGCGGCGGCGGCCAACAAGCAAGGGCUGCUGCCGCCGCCCGCCGCCUUCUUCCCAAGCAAGACCCACACCACUUACGCCUCCACCCGGGUGGCCUUUGAGGGCGGCGGCAGCGUGCUGGGGGUAGUCACGCGCCUCGACCUGCGCCGCUGCAGCGCAUCGCUGGCUCGGGACGGCAGCAGCAGCUUGGCGCACGUGAUGCGGCGAGCAACGGCGCAGAUGCCGCUCCUGCGGGAGAUCGGCGUAUGGGAUUGUGACCUGAGCUCCGGACUGGAGGCUGCCCCACUGGCAGCCCUGGCCAAGCUCAGCAUCCGCGGGUGCAGGCUGCGCGGCCUCCCCGACGCUCUCCCGGUGGCAGGCCUGAGGGACUUGGUGCUGAGCGGCAACCAGCUGCUGGCUGUGCCGCCGGUGCUGGCGGGCGCGGGGGCGCUGCGCCAGCUGGAUGCCAACCCGCGGCUGGAGGUGACGGAGGAGGAUUUGGACGGCACGCUGCUGCGCCUGCCGCACCUGAGGCAGCUGUGGCUGGAGGGCACGGGCACGGCGCCCGAGGUGAUUGCCACGGGCUAA